AUGGAGCCAGCCCCUUUUCUCCCACUGAGAAACAUCCCCAUGCAACCGAAGGCUGUGCCUGUGGCCCAGACCUUGCCCUUCUCCCUCAGCCAGGCCCUUCGUGAUGCUGGGUUCCGACUACCUGUCACCAAGAUGGGCACAAGCUGGGGGGUACUCCAGCGAUUCCUGAAGGAGGCGGCUUAUAUCCUUCUCUGCUGCUGGUGUAUUAAGGAGCUGCUAGACUAGCCCAGGGAUUCAGGACUCUCCCUGCCCAUCCUCAUCUUUGUCACCACAUCCAGUAUUCUCAGUGCCUUCUCCAUCUCCGAGCCUGCUUGUGUCCUCUGUGCUUACCGGAGGGUAUCAAUAAAUGAGUGGAGUGCAAUGCC